AUGAGUGAAUUUAUUACUGAGAAGAAUAUUAAUAUAUUUGAUUUACCACAUGAAAUGUUAAUCGCCAUAUUCAACAAGUUGAAUAAGAUCGAUGUAUUCUAUUCAAUUAUAAAUGUCAACCAAUAUAUGGAUCAAGUAAUACUCGAUCCUCUGUUCAUUCGUGAUUUGAAUUUCACCAGAGAAUUAAUGCCGAACAACACCUGCUCAAUAGAAAAUCAUAUUCUUGAUAAAAUUUGUGAGAGAAUUUUACCCAAAAUUAAUGAUAAAGUGAACAAACUUACUCUUGAACCAAUUUCAAUAGAACGUAUACUUUCUAAUCUUGAAUAUCCAAAACUUGAUUGUUUAUCACUUGUUAACUUUCAACAAGAAAUAUUAUUAAAAUAUUUUACAGAUGAAACAUACACAAAUAUUCGUCAUUUAUUUCUAAAUCAAAUUAAAAAUCUUCAAAUAGGAACUUGUGAUGAAAUAUCUUCGGAAUUAAAUUUAUUUUCCACAAUAAUAUCUUCAUGUAAAUAUCUCAAUGAAUUGGAUCUCUAUCAAAUUUUCAACGAUCGAGGUUUAGCAACUUCAAUUUCCAAUCAUUCAUUAACAAGUUGUUCAUCGUCGAGUUUAAUUAAAUUAGAAAUAUAUGUUAAUACUUUUGAAGAUUGUCUUUAUCUUCUUGAUGGACGUCUUCCAUGUUUAUCAACAUUAAUUAUUCAUGUACUGAGAAUUGUCCCUUUUUCGUCACAUAUUGACAAUACAAAAAAACUUCCUAAACUUAAAUGUUUCUCAUUAGCAUCUUAUCGUGAUACAAAAAUAAAUGAAUCCACUUAUAUCGAUGGAAAUGAUUUAUAUGAUAAUAUUUGUAAUUAUAUGCCUCGUUUAAAUCAAUUUACAUUUAGUAUAACUACAUUUAUUGAUGAUCUCAAUAGAAAUAUUUAUCUUCCAUCGAAUAAUGAAGUUCAAGCUAGUUUUAUUGGAAGAUAUAAACAAAAAGUUGGCUCUUAUGUUAAUACAUGUCCAUCAAAGAUGCAAAGUGAAUGCCGUGUUUAUUCACUUCCAUAUCAAUUCAAAGAAUAUAUUGAUCUAUCUAAUGCUUAUUCAAGUAAUAGAUUCGAUAAAGUUCAACAUUUAAUAAUGUGUGAUAAAAAACCGUUUGGAUACGAAUUAUUCAAACUUGUUGCACGAGACUUUCCUUUUCUACGUGAAUUAAGUGUAUGUAAUACAAAAGCACAAGAAAAGAAAAAACAAUCAUAUACUUUGAUUACAUUUCAUUAUUUAACAGCACUUCGUCUUAGUGCAGCACAUGUUGAUUAUGUUGAGCAAUUUCUUUUGACGGAAAAAACUUGUUUACCUCGUUUAUCAACUCUUACAGUUGAGUAUGAAUCAUUAGCAAAUGUAACAAAGAAUUUUACCAAUGAUGCAUCUCGUCAAAAUUGUGCUCAGUUAAAACGACUUUUGAUAGAAGAACCAUUUGUAUGUCCAAAACAUUUUCAUGAAUAUUUUCCUUUAUUGAAAUAA